UCAUGUGACUGAAACAUUAUCUCAGAGUUAACUUGGAUUUUUUUUCUACUUUUUCUAUUCUGUUGAACGGUUCUUUGUAUGUCAUGGAUAGAGGAAUAUAGUGGCCUCUGAUUGGUGUGUUGGGUUACGCCUCUCAGGGAGCAACUGGCUUGAAGCUGCAGCCUUUAAGUAGGAGAGUUCAGUCGGCACUGGAAGCAAACAUUCUUCUUGCACAUUCUGCAUCUUUUUCACGGGAUGGGAUCUGUUGUCCGGAAACCCGUUACUCAGAAUGCUUCGAAAACCGGCAAUGCAGACCCCCACAGUAAAACCAACAAAAUGGCUGAAAAACCUGUACUGCACUAUUUUAAUGGAAGAGGGCGCAUGGAGUCAAUCAGAUGGCUGUUGGCUGCGGCUGGAGUUGAGUUUGAUGAACAAUACAUUGAAACAAGGGAACAAUAUGAACAGCUACUUAAAGAUGGAAGUUUGAUGUUCGAACAGGUUCCUCUGGUUCAAAUGGAUGGGAUGAAUCUGAUACAAACAAAAGCCAUUUUAUCUUACAUUGCUGGAAAAUACAACAUGUAUGGAAAGGACCUGAAGGAGAGACUUUUUAUUGACAUGUAUGUAGAUGGCACAGGUGACCUUUUGAGUCUUGGUACGGUCUAUGUCUUUCUUGAUGAUGCUGGCAAGGAAAAACAAAAAGCAAAUAUUAAGGAAAAAGCAACAAAAAGAUAUUUUCCAAUAUAUGAAAAGGUUUUGAAAGAUCAGCACUAUCUUGUUGGGAACAAGUUUAGCUGGGCAGAUGUACAAUUAAUGGAAGCCAUUUUAAUGACAGAAGAGUUCCACAGUGACAUCCUAUCCUGCUUUCCUAACCUGAAGGACUUCAAAGAGAGAAUAAAGCAAAUACCAACAAUUGCAAAGUUCCUUCAGCCUGGAAGUCCAAAGAAACCUUUUCCAGACAUGAAAUAUGUGACCACUGUGAAGACUGUUCUUAAUAUGUGAUAGUGCAGACUACAGAUUGCCUUACUGCAUCAAAUGAAUUUCAUUUUUGUUAGUGCUCUGAUUAAAUUGCAUAAUAAAUAUAAAUGUAUGUGCAUAA